AAUGUGGUGUGUCCAAUCCUAAGAUUACUCUGGAUGAAGAGUUCAAGAUUCUGAAGGAACAUCAUUAGUGGUGUGUGAUUAUAUUCGCUAAUUGCUGGAUUAUAGGGUGGCGUAUGAAUCUGGUACUUUUUCCCAUAACCUCCAUUCGUGUUAUUGGAGUAGAUACGGAAUUAAGUUGUGUGUCAGAUGUGUCCAUCAUUUUGGAUUAUUCAAAAAGUUUUGUGGCUUUAUAUAUUUACAGAAUAAAGAUAGUGCUCAAGUGACUACAUUAUUAUGUGUUUGCGCCGUUGUGAGUGCUUAUUUUGCUAUAAAAAUGACGGAAAGCACCGUUUGCUGACUAUAACCGCGGGGUGUUGGCAACGAUUGCCAGUACUAGAUCGCAGCCGUUUUUCUUAACAUGGCUGCAACGCAGGCUGAAAAGCAACAAAAUGACGUGAAUAGUGAAAAAGUGCAGCCGGAUCAGCAUCUGAAUGUGCGGAAUUCGUUGUUGCAAAAUGGGACCGAUAAGAGUAGCCUACGAGGCGGUGCGAGUGUUGUAGUUGGCAAAGGAAAGAAUACCGGUUCGAAGAACGUCUGCAUGGAGAUGAGUCAAUAUAGGCAAGAAGGGGCCACCGGCGGUGGUGGCGGUGCAGGAGGCGGCGGAGGUGGAGGUGUUGGAGGAGCAGGCGGCGGCAGCACCACCACCACCGCCGAACAGCAAGGCCACAACGAAGACCCCAUGGCCCCCAUGCCAGAAUCCGGUUAUGCCUCCACCGCCGCCGCCGCAACAUCAUCAUCAUCCGAGGGGCCACCGGGCGCCGCCGACGUUCAUUACAACUUCACGUUCGCCGCCGGCAGGGAUAUGCACAACAGCGGCGACGGCGGGGCCAUGGGAUACACGGAAAGGGCCAUGUUCGGGCAUCGUCAGGCCUUCGGCGGGCCAAAGCAGCAGCAACCGCCCGGUGCGGUACCGCCAGGCGGCGGGCCAGGUCCCGGACCUGGCGGCUCCGGUCCUGGACCUGGACCCGGGGGCCCCGCAGCUCCUGGUCCAUUCCCCCCGCAGCCGCCUCCACGUUUCGUGUCGGGACAGACUAUAUCGCAGCCCACGGGCCCGACACCUACAUUAAACCAAUUGUUGCAAAGUUCAAACCCUAUACAAAGGUACAAUCCCACUAAUUACGAACAAUCAUACAAUCAGGCUUGGCCCCCGCAGAAGCCCUACGGCGCCGCCACCGGUCCACCUGCCGGAGCUCCGUAUAGAAAUCAAACCUCGUUGUCUCCUGCCUACAGUGGGUUGUCCGCCCCGAGUCCUGGAUACGGGGAGGGAAGAGGCGGUUGGCCCGGACCUCCGGUAACUGGUCCUGGCAGUCCUGGCCCGCCGCCGACGUCAGUUCCUGCUAGCCAGCCGUCCCCGCAACCCUCGCAACCUCCAAGUCACUCGCCUGGACCUGGUUUACCGCCGAGCCCGUCUCAUCAGCCGCCAUCAAACCAACACCAGGGAUUCCCCAGCAGGCCUGCCCAGCCGACGACUCCUAACGCUCAUGCUCCCGAUCAAGCGGAUUUAAGUGGUGGGAAUAGCAAUGAUAGUUCGGGAGGACCUGCACCCGGAACACCGAAUUCGCAGGGGAUGAGGCCGACGCCUUCCCCUACGGGUUCGACGGGUUCCAGGUCCAUGUCUCCAGCAGUCGGUCAGCAAAACAUUCCGAUGCCUCCGCGUCCUUCGAGUGGUCAAUCCGAUGGCAGUGGAUCAACAAGGAUGAGCCAUUCACCGGCGAUGGCUACGCAAGGCAGUUACCCGCCGCCCCAUAUGCACGGCUACAAGGGACAUCCGGGGAUGGUGCCUUCGGCCGGCCAGCAGAUGCCUUUGUACCAAGCGAAUCCGCAAUACCAGCAAGGAAAUUAUCCCGCGAGGCCGCAGUACCCGAACCAAGGCUAUGGACAACCGUCGUCGCAAGCGCCGCCGAACAAUAGUAUGCCUCCGCAACAGUAUCCUAACAGAACAGGGCCGAACCAUAUGGGCAACUCCCAGUUCCCACCUUACCAACAGACUUGGCCCGGCGGUCCCACCGUCAGUUCGGGUAACCACAUACCGGGUAAGGGCAACGGACCGCCGCCGAGCCCCAACUCCCCAUCACCAGGUCCAACGAGACCGCCUCUCUACCUCAAGCAGCAUUUACAACAAAAGGUUUUGGGUUUUGGCAAUUCUCAGACACCGAUGCCACCCAGUCAAAGUCCCCCACAAAACUACCACAUGGGUCCGCCGCCCUCGGGACACCAUCACAGUGGCAUGGGUCCGCCGCCCAGCAUGGGUCCUCCCAAUAUGCCGCCGGCCACUAGCCCACAUUUACCAAAUAACCAUCCCCACGACGGUCCCAUGCCACCGCCCAGCUCUACCCCUAAUUCCCAUCAUCCAAUGGUUUCCGAAAUGAUGGACAAUGGCAUCACCACAACUGCAGCCGGAAGUUUAGCCACGCAUGUUACGUCCGCCGCCGGAGGCUCCGUAACGUCCGUUGUUACCACCGGUCCGGAUGGUACACAAAUCGAUGAGGGAUCCCAGCAAUCUACACUUUCGAAUGCAUCUGCAGCAUCAGGUGAAGAUCCACAGUGUACGACACCAAAACGUCAUAAUUAUAGUCACCCGACAACGCCCCAAAGCACCGUGCCUUCGCCAGGGGCUGCUAGUAUGAACUCCAUGCACGAAGAAUAUGGCGAUCUUAGCAGCCCAAGUUGGCCCAGAACUCCAGCAAGUCCAGUAUUUAACAGCCAUGUGCCACCUCAGGAAACAUACCGUUCAAAGAAAACGGACAGCUUGAGUAAACUGUAUGAUAUGGAUGAUAGUCCAGAUAGGAGAACUUGGCUCGAUAAGCUUCUAGCAUUCAUGGAAGAGAGAAGAACGCCCAUCACAACGUGCCCAACUAUUUCAAAGAAUCCCCUUGAUCUUUUCCGUCUAUAUGUUUACGUUAAAGAUAGGGGAGGCUUUAUGGAGGUGACGAAAAAUAAAACGUGGAAAGAUAUUGCAGGAAUGUUAGGUAUCGGUGCCUCAUCUAGCGCCGCAUACACGUUACGAAAACACUACACGAAAAAUUUGUUGGCGUUUGAAUGUCAUUUUGACCGUGGUGGCAUUGAUCCUCAGCCGAUCAUAAAUCAAGUAGAAGCGUCUUCAAAGAAGAAGAGUGCCAAGGCAGCUUCUGUUCCUUCCCCGGGUUCAUCAAACUCGCAGGAUUCGUUCCCUGCACCCGGUUCUGGUGGUGCAUCCAUGGACGGUUAUGGUCCCUACGCCUAUCCACCAGGAGGAAAUCCUGAUUAUAAUACUCCACCACAUAGACCAUCGUCACAAGCAAACGCGCCUUCACCACACGGAGGAACUGCAGGUAGCAACCACUUAGGAAAUGCUACACCCGGUGGUCCUGGCCCUGCAGGCGGGGCUUCGGAUAAUGUUAAUGUGUCGAAUCCAUUCGAUGACGUAUCUCCUAGUCCUCCGCCAAGAGGAGGUUCGUUUCCGGGUGGACCACAUCAACCUUAUACUUCUGGUACAUCACCACGACCACAAGGACAGUCAUAUAGCGGGCAAACUGCUGGUACUUAUAACCAGUAUUCCGCUCCUGGACCUGGACCCGGAGCGCCGCCUGACCAGUAUUCCCCAUAUCCUGGAGGACAGGGAUAUCCUCCGACCAGACCAGUAUAUACUCCUUAUUCCGGAGAUUCAAGUGCACCACCUGCCAGUCCCAAUAAUACCCCGCAAUCGAGCACUACUACUCCGCAGGGAACUACGCAGGAUCCUUACAGAUACAAUGUUGGUAGCAGCAGCAGCAGCACCAGUGGCGCUCCGGGACCUGGUGGUGGAUACACACCUAGACCUGCUUAUACUGGUACUCCAGGUACCCCUGGUCCAGGUGGACCGAAUUCACAAUCGCCUGGUGGAAGCGCGCCUUAUCCCUCACAGCAGGAAUAUUACAGACCAGAACAACCUGGUUCAACUCCUGCAAAUUACUCGGGAGGUCCAACCCCGAACAAAAAUAUGCCGCCGCCGCAGCACGGUGGUCCACGAAGACAUCCUGAUUUCGCAAAAGAGCAACAAGGUUAUCAACCAUUCUGCGGACAACAAAGGCCUCAGAUUUACAGCGGCUGGCCGAACAACACUCAGUAUCGAGGAGGACAGUACACGCCCGCUGCAGGACAACAGUGGAAUCAGAACACGCGUCCUCCUGGACCAGGAUGGGAGCGUUAUCCUUUAGGAGGGAAUCAGGGGUAUCAGCCAGGAUCCCAACCGGGUCAACAGUGGUCAGCAAUACCGACGCCGGGUGUUGGUCAAAGCUCACCAUUGCGACCACCGCUCGGAGGACCGCGACCAGGAAAACCGUUCAAUAUAAUGCCACCGCAGGGCGCCAAAGGGCCGCAACUGCCAGUACCGAACACUGGUUGUUAUGCUCCAGGCCAAUUGCCAAAACGAGAGAUUACUUUUCCUCCGGAUAGUGUAGAGGCGACUGUACCUGUGCUUUAUCGCAGGAAGAGGUUGUGUAGAGCAGACAUUGGGCCUGUAGACGCCUGGAGAAUUAUUAUGUGUUUGCGAUCUGGUCUAUUGGCGGAAAGUUGUUUUGCUUUGGACAUGCUAAACGUGCUGCUGUUUGACGACACUGCGAUAGCAUACUUCAGUUUAAAUCAGUGGCCCGGACUAAUCGAUCUCCUGCUAGAACAUUUUCGUAAGAGCCUGUCGGAUAUGUUUGAUGGACCAUGUCCAGCAGAGAGGAAGGUUGACCAGGUUGAGUACGACUUGGGUGCAGUUGAUGUUCCGAUAAACCCUGAUACUAGAACGGUGGUUUUGAGCAAAACCAAUAAUUUUACAUUUUUGACGCGAAAAGGCUAUCAAGUGAAACUUAUUGAAAAGCAUGAUGACAUUUUUAUACACGAUCACCACAAAGAUUGGGAUACGCGGGGCGAUGCAGCUGGUAUUAAUAUUUUAGCAGAAAUAGUCACCGAUCCCUGGCAUCUAACGGCUGAUCACAUCUUGCCGACCUUCCAAGCGGAGUUCGGACGCAUUCCGUUCAAUAGGAUGUUAGAUGACAAGAAAUGUCAAGUGAAGGAAGAGAAUGAGGAUCAAGAAGAAGAGGAUGAGGACGAGGAAACCGAGAAGGAAGACGGCAGCGGAACGGUGAUUAAAUCUGAGCCCUGCAAAUCUCCCCCGCCCGAAGUGAUUUCGGCAAUCAAACCUAGUGACAAAAAACGUAGGACAAAAACAUUAAGUGAUGUGAUAUCUCGAAUUAAAAAGGAUACGCCGGAAGAGAAUGACUUGCUUGUUUUGGACUUGAAAGAAAAGAACACGACUGAAACUGCCAAGACGACGGUGCAAGUGAGUGAAAAUGUGAACUGUCGUGAGCAGCAAAGAGCUCCGAGUGACGUAGAUCUGAAUGGUGACGAUGGUGAGUGUAGAGAUGAUGAUGAUUCCAAAAAUAAAGUGCGCGACGUAGCGGGCACAUUAAAACGGAAACGCAUGUCUGAUUACGAGGACGAAGCUUACACAAGGGAUGAGGCAAGUCUGGUUCUACUCACCGAGAGCCAGGAUUGCGUCGGGAAACGGUGCGUGUGUAUAUCGAACAUCCUGAGGAGUCUGACCUUUGUCCCCGGGAACGAGGGCGAGUUUGCGAAGAGUUCCAGUUUCCUGGGUCUUGUCGGCAAGUUGCUGCUGCUACAUCACGAGCAUCCCGCGCGGACGCUGAAGACGAGGAAUUAUGAUCGGGAGGAGGACGCAGAUUUUGCGGAUUCGUGCAGCAGCCUGCAGGGCGAGGGCGAAUGGUGGUGGGAAUUUCUAUUGCAAAUCAGGGAGAAUGUACUUGUGUCGACUGCAAACAUCGCGGGACAAAUUGACCUAGAUCAGUAUCCGGAAGAGAUUGCCCGACCGUUGCUUGAUGGACUUCUUCACUGGGCAAUCUGCCCAUCGGCGCAGGGUCAGGAUCCGUUCCCGUCGGCAGGACCUUCGUCGCUUCUGUCACCGCAGCGAUUAGCGUUGGAAGCACUUUGCAAACUGUGUGUUACAAAUAGUAAUGUGGAUUUAGUAAUAGCGACGCCGCCGUUCUCGAGGCUGGAGAGGUUGUGUACAGUACUGACAAAGCAUUUGUGCCGGUCCGAAGAUCAAGUGCUGCGGGAGUUCUCGAUAAACCUGCUGCAUUACAUGGCCGCUGCCGACAGCAGCAUGGCCCGUGUUGUUGCGAUGCAGCAGCCGUGCGUCUCGCUAUUGGUCGCAUUCAUUGAGCAGGCAGAGCAAAGUGCUCUCGGUGUCGCCAAUCAGCACGGAAUUGGUGCGUUGCGUGACAAUCCAGACUCGAUGGGUACAAGUUUAGAUAUGUUAAGACGCGCCGCUUCCACCCUAGUAUUCCUCGCAGAACAUCCCGAGAAUAGGCCUCUGCUUGUACAACAAGAGUCUCGACUGCUAGCUCUGGUCAUGAGCCAAAUCUUAGAUCAACAAGUGGCGCUGCUACUCUCUAAAGUGCUCUAUAAAAUAUCCCAUAGCUAAUCUUUCCUUGUAGAAGUUUAUAAUUUACUGUACAGAUUAAUUGACUGACUCUGGUGUACAGAACCUUUUCCUGUAUAGCGCGAUUGCAGACUUUUACCAAUAUUUUACAAGUGUGCAAGAGGAGUUUUAUUAUAUAUAUACAUUAUAUAUAUAUAUAAGAAAAAGUAUAUAUAAACGGAGAAAUUAAGAAAGAAAAAAACAUCAAGUGGGAGAUGUGGCUGGUGAACUUGUGUCGCGGCAUUUCUAUUAUUAUAUACAUAUUUUUUUUAAUUAUUUUUUAUUUUAAUUUUUCUGUGGCAGUAGUGGUGGUGGCUAAAGUAAGGACCCUCGGCCUGACCAUACUAACUGAUAUGUAAUAUACUUACAUUUAAGAUUUUUAUUUUAAGUUCCUCCCAACUCUCGUAACCACAAGACUGAAAAUAUUUGAUGGCAUCUAGUUACUUCUUUACUGUAUUCCGCAUACUGUAUAUUUGUCAACUAGACGCCACCAGAAGACGGGAUUUAAAACGAAGGUCUUGUGUAUUAUCUGUUUGGUUACUCUAAUUUCAUUUCAUAAAUUUCAGAUUUUUCUGUUCUUGAAACAACAACACCCCCCGCCCUCUAUCUUCGUUCUUUUUUUUUACACGAAAAACACAUACACAUACGAAAAAGGAACACACAAUACACACUCACACACGCCCCUUCAUCAUCAAAAACAGCAAAAAUGAAAAACAAGGAGAAAUUUAUCUAAUAUGUUACUAUUAUUAUGAUUAAUUAUAUUCGAAGCAAAAAAAAUCCAAUUUCGUUCAAAUGAUAUUUUUUUAAUUUUAUUUCUUUUCUGAUGCGCAUCAUCUCAGUUCUACGAUUUUUUUCUUUUCAUGUUUGGUAUUAACUGUGCGAAUGCUUUAUAUAUGUCUCAAAUUGAUUAAAUAAAUGUACAAAGGAAGUACCGAAAAAAAAAAUGGUGUUUUUUAUACAAGUUUUAAUUUUCUAUGUACGAUUAGAAAUGUUUUAUACACCCCACUUAGGUAUUAUUGAUGAAAAUAAAAUUUGACGAAAAAUCAACGUAAAAAUUGUUUGAUGAGGACUCUUUUUAUGCGAGAGCAGAAUAUAAGUAGAUAUGCAGUCAAAUCUCUAGACUCAAGUGUAGUUUAAAAUAUGUGGUGAUAUUUUUCUGGCUGUAGGUAUAAUCCAUCUUAUGUAUGAUUGCAUUAUGUAAGUUAAGUAAAUGCUAAAUAAAUUCAGAUCUUUUACUUACUUCCCAUUCUUAGAUAUAUCAAUAUAUUAAUAUAUAUAUAUAAAGAAAAUAGGUCCAGCAGAACGAA